AACAACCGCUAGCUUUUGUUGCACAUCAGCUGGAGCUGUCCGCGGCUGAUCGAAGUAUCCUCAGGCUGUUUGUCACCUCUUCUCCAGAAAGGUGCCAGAAGCAGCAGUAUGGCCACCGCGCAGUGUGUGUUGCUGCUAGCGGUGCACAUCCUGCUCAUCUCAGAGUUCAUCCUGGCCAAUGGGGACUACUACGAGAUACUGGGGGUGCCGAAAGAAGCCACGGAACGCCAGAUCAAGAAGGCCUUCCACAAGCUGGCCCUGAAGUACCAUCCGGACAGAAACAGGGGCCCCAACGCAGAGGCCAAGUUCAGGGAGAUAGCAGAGGCAUACGAGACGCUAUCCGACGACAAGAAGAGGAGAGAGUACGACCAGUUUGGCCACGGCCCGUCAACAGGGGGGGGGCAUCAAGAAGGAGGAGGCGCCUACAACUUCAACCAGCACUACCAAUCCUUCAACUUUGACGACAUCUUCAAAGACUUUGACACUUUUGGUCAGCGACACCAACACCACUUCCACUCCCAAAACCAAGCCCACCAAAAGAGACACUUUGACAGCCACUUCCAGGCCCACCGGGAGGCUGCCAGCAGACAGAAGAGACAGGGGGGCUUCGGGGGGGGACUCUUUGAUGACAUGUUUGAGGACUUGGAGAAGAUGUUCUCCUUUAACACGCACACUUCCAGGACUGACAGCAGGUUCCAGGGGAAGCAGCACUGCAGGACAGUGACUCAGCGCCGGGGCAACAUGGUGACCACCUUCACCGACUGCUCCUGAGACCACCACCCCGACAGAGGACAGCCUCUCUUUGUGGUUUUGAAAUUGAAUGCUAAUUUAUCACUUGGUUGAAUAGAGAAUGGGUUUGUGUGGCUUUGUAUGUAAUAUCCUCUCAGAACAAAUUACAAGCUGACCUGAUGAAGGGCUGCUUCUAAGCAAUAACUCACUCAUUAUUGCUCCUCGCACAAUCCAUUAUUUAGUUUUCCAGGUUCAUUAUGUUUACUUAUGGUGGUACAAUCUAUUAGACUCAGGUAUGGCCUAAUGUUAAUCUAUUGCUUUUCUCUUUAUGAGCAAUAAGUUAUAUUUAAGCGCCACAGAAACAUUAAUUCUGCAGCUAUUCAGGCCAUACUAUUACUGCUGUAAACUCAGCAUAGUGUACUCUCAACUACAUUUUCUCUUAGUUUCCAUUUAUUAUCUUAAACAACAUAAUAUUUUUGAUGUAUGGCACUUGCAUCAAAUAUUUCUGUGAAACUGGAGCUUCACAUCCUGAGUGGUGUGCCAUUAUCAACUGUUACCUCGUUUUAGGUUCUUCCUACAGAGAUGCAUCUACCUUCCCUUCAGUAGGAGAAUGAACAUCAGUCACAUGACUAAUGCUGGUAACUUAGCAACAGGAAGUGUGUGUCCUCUCUCGGCUGUGUUGCUGGGAUGGUUCCACACGCCUGGGCUCAUUUACCGGUGAAGCUGAACGGUCUGAAAAGUUUCCUAAACUGAUCAUAACGUGCAAUAUUUAGCACCUUUGCUCUUCAUGUUGCCUAUCUGUCAUAGACAUGUCAUUGUCUUAUGUCCGCACUUUGUAUACGUGAGUGUAUGUGUGAGUUUGUGUGUGUGUGUGUGUUUGCCCACCGAGAGUGGCCUGAGUGUUGAUUGGUUGCAUAAUGUUUGAAGAAUGAAUAAAAAAGUUUAAAAAGAAAA